AUGGACACCGCUUGUGGCGGAAUCAUCACGGGCGAGGCCAACCGGGCAGACCUGCAGGCCCAGCAGGCGGCUGCGGCUGGCGCCGGCGGAGGCGACAACGCUGCCUGCCGGUGGCGGAGGUGCUCUUUCCCAUACUACCCCAAUGGGCCCAUUGAGGACACCACGAACCGUAUCCUUGAGCACUUGAAGCCCCUCGAGAACUUGAGUCUGAGCGGCUUCGUUGUCCACGAGACACUCGAUAUCGCCGUACGGUGCUGCUGGAGGCGGAGGCGGACACGGAGGAAGCCAAUAGAGGAGAGAAGGAGAGGCCUACGGGGCGUUUCAGACUCGCCGGUACAACCAGUACCAAGGGAAAGUAAGCAGCAUGGCACUAUACACUAUGAGGCAGGUAUAGUCAUCCCGCGGCUGCCAGCAGAACUCCAAUGCAAGAUUUGGGAGGACGCCAUUGAGGGAGAGAGAGCGAGCAACGCGUCAUGA